CUGAAAUAAAAUUGGUAAUUACAAAAGAACUAAUUUGUCACAAACGUUAAAAAUAGACUCACAAUCAAUCACAAACGACUUAUAUACAAACGAAAUACACUAAGAAAAAUGAAAAAUAAUCAUAUUUUAUUAUUCCUUCCGGCUAGCUUCAUGUAAGUAGGUAUGUGGCGGCCGGCGUUGAAGUCGGUAAAAAAGAAAACGCCUUCAAGAAAAUUCUCAUCGCCGCCUUUAGCAAAUCAAGCUUGCUGUAAAAGAAUAUAUACGGCAGUAAUAACUUAGUUUCGCAAAGAAGGAAAACCUUAAUUUUUUCUAACAAAGAAAUGUUCACCUGUUCAUGAGAAAAGACUUCAAAUGGAACCGGAGGAACCAGAAGCAGUGCAGCAAGCACCAUCUUUUUCAAAUCCUCCUGAGGCAAAUGUUGAAACGGCUCGUCUGGUUAAAAGCAUGAUUUGAUAAAGGCGGCGUUGAGAAUUUUCUUGAAAGCGUUUUCUUCUUUACCGACCUCGACGCCGGCUGCCACAGGCCCAAAAUUCACGACUCUUCCAGAACAAAAGCAAAGCGUCUUGUUUGGUCUUGUUGGCUGAUCUGUAGUCACUACACAUACCCAUUGUCGAUUUUACUCGUCUUUGUUUGUGUAUAAACAUACGCGCAUAAUGCUAGGCGGAUCAGAUAUAAACUACAGUUUAAUUUCUGCGGUUCGUUCUGGGGAUUUAAAAAGAGUACGCAAGUUAAUAAAUUAUUACGGUCUAUCUUAUUCACAAGCAUGGUCAGAAGGAUACGUUUUACUCCGUGAUGCUAUUGCAAAUGAACAUACAGAAAUUGCUAGACUACUUUUAAUAAAUGGUUCCAAAGUUAACAGUAAAAACAAGAAACCCUCUGAUACUCCACUUCAUUUAGCUGUUAUGAAGGGUAACAGAGAAAUUGUUGAACUGCUACUAGAUAGAGGUGCUGAUGUUGAUACUAGAAAUGCAAACGGUUGGACAGCACUGCAUGAUGCAGUUCAAAGAGGAAAAGUGGAAAUUACUCAACUCCUUUUGAAUCGGGGAGCUAAUGUUAAUGCUGUAGGUAUUUCCGGUAAAAUUCCACUUCAUGUUGCUGCUCACAAUGGAUAUGUGCAGAUUGCUGAAGUUCUUCUAAAUCAUGGGGCUUAUAUUCAUUCUGUAUGUACUUCAAAACAGUGGGAGGGGUAUACACCACUACAUUUUGCCUCUGAACGAGGUAGUCUAGAAGCUGUUAGAUUAUUUUUGGAUAGAGGUGUUGAUGUUAAUGCUAACGCAAAGGAUAAUUUAACGCCACUUCAUAUGGCUACUAAAGCAGGACAUAAAACAGUUGUAAAACUACUCCUGGAACGUGGGGCUAAGGUUGAUGCCCAGGUUAAGAAUGGCAAGACUACACUGUAUCUUGCUGUUGGAAAAGGACAUUCAAUGAUUGUUAAGGAUAUUUUAAAGUAUUGUCCUGAUAUUAAUAAUCAAAGCAACAGAAGCUCUCUUAAUGCCGCAGUAUAUGGGUAUAGAAAAGAGAUCGUCGAGACUCUUCUUCAACAUGGUUUUACUGUUGAUCCUAAAGAUGUAAAUAAUCCUGAGUUGCUGCAUACUGCUGUUGAGAAAGGAUAUUUGAAAAUUGUUGAAGACCUGUUGAAGUAUGGUGCUAAUGUUAAUAUGUUACACAGUUCGAUGUAUAGAAAAGGUUUUACACCUCUACAUAGUGCAGCCAACAACAAGCAAAAGGAAAUGGCCAAAUUAUUGAUAAACUAUGGAGCUAAUGUUAAUGCUAAAGAUGCAACUGAAAAAACUCCAAUAUUUUAUGCUAUUGAACACGUUGAUGCAAAAGUCACCAAACUACUUUUAACUAAUGGAGCUGGUAUAAAAGAUAGACCUGAGUUACUAAGUAUUGCUGUUGAAAAGAAAUGCAAAGAAAUUGUUGAAAUUCUUUUACAACAUGAUGCUGAUAUUAACGCUAGUGAUAAGUAUGGAAGAACAGCCUUAUAUUUUACUGCUCUUGAUAAAGAGAGAGAAAUUGCCGCAUUGCUGCUAAGUAAGGGGGCUAAUGUUAAUGCUAAAACUAAAGAUGGAGAAACAACACUUCACGCUGCUAUUAAGAAUGGAUGUACAAAAGUCGUUGAAGCUCUUUUGGAAUACAAUGCAGAUGUUAACUAUGUAGUAAAAGGUGAUAUGACACUGCUUCAUCUUUCUGCUCAGAAAGGAAAUGAGUUAAUUAGCAAAAUGCUUUUAAAUAAAGGGGCCGACGUCAACGCUACACGAAAAGAUCGAAUAACUGCACUUCAUAUUGCUGCUGAAAACGGUCAUUCGCAAAUUGUUGAGAUUCUCUUGGAAUUUGGUGCUGAAGUUGACUUUAGAGACGAGUAUGGUAGAACAGCACUUCAUAUUGCUUCUAAAGAAGGACAUGCACAAGUUGUUAAUGCUCUUCUAGAAUAUGGUUCUGACAUCAACAUUAUAAGUGAAAGUGGUCAUACGCCACUUGAAUAUGCUAUGCUUAGUGCUCAAUACUUUCAUGAUAGAUUUGAUCAUCAAUUUAAUAACUAUGAUUCUGAUAGUGAUUAUUAUGAUCCUGAUCAUGAUUAUUAUGAUCCUGAUCGUGAUUAUUAUGAUCUUGAUCAUGAUUAUUAUGAUUCUGAUCGUGAUUAUUAUGAUCCUGAUCGUGGCACUUCCCCUUGUGAAGAAGUUGCUGAGAUCCUUAAACAGUACAUAGUUAAAGUAAAAACUGCAGGCUUAUACGUAAGCGCAAGAAAUUUAAGGUUGACUAAUUUCGAUGAAACUAGGCUCAUUGAAAUUAGCGACGAUGAAAUUAGUGACAAUGAAAUUAGUGACAAUGAAAUCAAUGAUAAUGAAAUUAUAGGCAUUAAAUUUAGCAAUUUUCAGAGGGAAUGUAAAGCAGAAAUAGAAAUUAUGAGGGGUGAGAAGAUUGAUAAUAGCAAUACUUCUUUUCACGAUAUCCUGACAAAGAGUAUAAGUCAAUUAGCAAUAUAUGCAAGGAAUAAAAAUAUAGUACAGGCCUUGAAAUCAGAUGAUUAUAAAACGAAAUUUCCAAUAUAUGCUAGUGUCAUAAAUGGUCGAUUUAGGAGGGGCAUAGAAAGAAAAAAGUUACUGGAACAAGGCAAUAUGUUUUUGCAGUCUCUCUUCGAAAGCCUUCUUGGAUUAUCAACUUAUUGUACUGAAAACAUAUUGAGUUACCUAAGUGGUGAAGAUUUAAGAAAUUUAAUAGAUGCUUGUAAGCCUUUGAAUAGCCCUAAUACCUACAUUUGCGAUAGAAUAGCUACUUCUAGAAGUAGCCAAAUUUCUAGAUACUAACUA